AUGGAUGUGCUGGCAAAUGACACGCCCUCAGAGUUUAAGAAGCCGGACCCGUCUCAGCAUCAACACACUCUAGAGCGCUUCAUAUUCACAGCAUACAUAAUCAUCCGUCUUAUCCGUACAGACAUGGAGGCCAGACUGAUUGUAGCGGUUGUGUUCAUCUGCGCUGUUUGUCGCUUCACUGAAGCCCAGCUGCAGAACACGACAGCACUCACUAACAACAUCACUCGUACUGCUUGCGGCACCACUAAGCUGUGUGUGUCGACUCCAUCUAAUUGCGAUCCUGCAGGAAACUCCAGCUGUUUUUUCAGCUCUACUCAGUACAAUAAUUCAACACUGACCGUGGAACUCUCCGGCACAACUUCAGGAUACGUGGCGUUGGGACUCACACCCAUUAUCAACCUAUUUAAUUUCACUGGAACUGCUGUGUUCGUCUGUGGCAACAAUAACAACAGCACCUUCUUCGAAACAGCUAUUCAGAACGGCUCAGUGUUGACUCCUGCUAACCUGACCGCCUUAAAUAUAAGCAGUGUUCCGGGAAACGCCAGUGUAUUUGGAAACGGGAAUCUUGUUCAGUGUGUCUUCAGCAUCACCCUCAAUUCCACCAUCCUCACUUCCAUCCUCAACAGUUCAACUGUUCAGCUGUAUUCCAACAUCACCAUCUUCAAUGGAACCACAAACGGAACACUACUGGGAAAUGCAACUACAUUAAUUACCACCGGACCUUUCGACUUGGCAAAUCCCAAGAGCAAUAUUCCAAGCACACCACCGCUCAACAUCACUCGUACUGCUUGCGGCACCACUAAGCUGUGUGUGUCGACUCCGUCUAAUUGCGAUCCUGCAGGAAACUCCAGCUGUUAUUUCAGCUCUACUCAGUACAAUAAUGCAACACUGACCGUGGAACUCUCCGGCACAACUUCUGGAUACGUGGCGUUGGGACUCACACCCACUAUCAACCUAUUUAAUUUCACUGGAACUGCUGUGUUCGUCUGUGGCAACAAUAACAACAGCACCUUCUUCGAAACAGCUAUUCAGAACGGCUCAGUGUUGACUCCUGCUAACCUGACCGCCUUAAAUAUAAGCAGUGUUCCGGGAAACGCCAGUGUAUUUGGAAACGGGAAUCUUGUUCAGUGUGUCUUCAGCAUCACCCUCAAUUCCACCAUCCUCACUUCCAUCCUCAACAGUUCAACUGUUCAGCUGUAUUCCAACAUCACCAUCUUCAAUGGAACCACAAACGGAACACUACUGGGAAAUGCAACUACAUUAAUUACCACCGGACCUUUCGACUUGGCAAAUCCCAAGAGCAAUAUUCCAAGCACACCACCGCUCAACAUCACUCGUACUGCUUGCGGCACCACUAAGCUGUGUGUGUCGACUCCGUCUAAUUGCGAUCCUGCAGGAAACUCCAGCUGUUAUUUCAGCUCUACUCAGUACAAUAAUGCAACACUGACCGUGGAACUCUCCGGCACAACUUCUGGAUACGUGGCGUUGGGACUCACACCCACUACCAACCUAUUUAAUUUCACUGGAACUGCUGUGUUCGUCUGUGGCAACAAUAACAACAGCACCUUCUUCGAAACAGCUAUUCAGAACGGCUCAGUGUUGACUCCUGCUAACCUGACCGCCUUAAAUAUAAGCAGUGUUCAGGGUUCAGUAUUGGGAAACGGGAGUCUUGUUCAGUGUGUCUUCAAUGUCACCCUCAAUUCCACCUUCCUCACUUCCAUCAUCAACAGUUCACCUGUUCAGCUGUAUUCCAACAUCACCAUCUUCAAUGGAACCACAAACGGAACACUACUGGGAAAUGCAACUACAUUAAUUACCACCGGACCUUUCGACUUGGCAAAUCCCAAGAGCAAUAUUCCAAGCACACCACCGUUCAACAUCAGUCGUUCUGGUUGUAACACCUCUAAGCUGUGCGUGUCAGAAGCGUCUACUUGCGAUCCAGCAGGAAACUCCAGCUGCUUUUUCAGCUCAUUUCAAGUGAACACCCAAAGUAUCUACUAUGAACUUAGUGGCACGACAUCAGGAUAUGUGGCGCUGGGACUCACUAACCAGACUGGUACUUUUGUGUUUCUGUGCGGCUAUUACACUGCUAACAGCAGUUUCUUCUUUCAAACGGCUAUUAAAAACGGCUCAAGUCUGAACCUUACAACUCUGAACACCGUAAACAGCAAUCAAGGUUUUGUAACACAAAACCUCAUUCAGUGUGUCUUCAACACCAGCGCCACUUUAAGCACCAGAGCUUCUAACACUGCUCUGUACACGAUCUCCCUCAUGAACGGAACCACCAACGGAACUCGACUGGGUGAUCCAAAUACACUGUAUACUUCCCCAUCAGCAGUAGAUCUGUCUAAUCCUAAUGCCUUAAACACUGCAAACACCAACUUCUGCACUAAUGUGUUGGCUGUGCUGCUCGCCGCUCUGACGCUACACCUCGUAUAAAAACCUGCCAUGUUCAUUUUAAUAUAAAAUCCCCAGAGCCUAUAAACGUGUGUUACAGUAUCUGAUCUGUGCAUGUGUGUUUAUACAAGUAUGAAGCUAUUGUUAAUUGGCUGAACAUGGAAUACAUCUGUCAUAUACAGUAUAAACAUCACCCUUUUGUUUGUCUUUGUUUUUUUACAGUCGAUACGAGAAGUUCAUUUGCACUUCCAUAGACAUCAGACUUUUAAGUAUAAGAAUUUAUAAUAACAAGAGUGCAAAUGUUUUGAAUAAAACUACUUUAUAUGACCAUUUUUAAAUAAUUGUAAUUUCAGUAAUUUCAUGAUCAUCAUUUUUAUUUGAGAUACUUUAUACACCUAGGUUAUUGUAAGUUUCCGCCCCUAAGACUUUGCUAUCUGUUUUUCACUUGUGUUGGUUGCUAUCAUAUUAAAGGUAAACAAAUAUCUAACAUGACUUGAUUUUGUUUUUUUUGUUUUUUAAAUAUCAUUUAAACUAUUUUAACAGGUAUGUAGACUUUUUUAUAGUCACUGUGUACACCAGUUAGAGUCGCUAUUGUCACCACUACGAAGUGGUUUAAUCUUUUUCAUAUGACAGUAAUAUGCCAACAACUACAAAUUGUAAUAUAUGCAAUGACUUAGUGUUGUGGAAUGGCAGAGAAACAAGUCACUUCCUGUUCCCACAUUCUCUCUCUCUCUCUCUCUCUCUCUCUCUCUCUCUCUCUCUCUCUCUCUCUCUCUCUCUCCCUAUCUCUCGAUGUUAAUAAGACAAAAAAAUCUUAGUAUGUUACUGAGAAACUGUCAUGGGUUUAUAAAUUGUUUAUAGGUAUAAAGGUUUAAAAAAUACACACGUGUGAAAGCAA